AUGACUACCAACGGUUCCCAAACCCAAACCCAAGACCAAACCCGCUAUACCCUCCUCAAAACCCACAACCUCGCCUUCUGCACCGCCUUCACCCACCCCGAGACCAACCCACCCUCCAAACUCCUCUCGGAGCACCUCACACCCCACAACCCACGCAUAACAGAAUACGGCCCAGCAUGGGCAACGUCCCGUCUCCCCUUCCUAGGAAAAACCUUCGCCGGCCACGAUGGCGUGCUAGCGUACUUCGACGCACUGGACAAGACGCUCGAGUUCCUACCGAGGGAGGAUACGUUUGGGAGUGUGGUGGUAGAUGAGAGGGCGGGGGAGGGUGGUGUGGCGUGUGUGAAGGGGAAGGCGGGGUGUAGGGCUGUGGAGACGGGGAAGGAAUGGGAGGAGGAGUUUGUGGUUAGGUUGAGUGAGUUUGAUGGCGAGGGGAAGAUUGGGCAUGUGGAGUUGUGGGGCGAUACGCUGACUGUCUGCCACAGCAAGCAACAACAACGAGAAGUCUUACGAACUGCAAAUGGCGCUCAGGAAGAAGACUGGUCUGAUGAGGAGAGCUCAUUUGACGAUGACAAUGCCUCGACCUGCGCCGCUGUCCUCACGACUGACGACACGAAGUCGACAAAGAUGGGCUUCCUGGAUCGUCUCGCCGAGAUCCUUUGCUCGCACAAAGAGGCUUCUUACGUUACAUGUACUAGCAUGAUCGAGGACGAGGGCAGCGUGACUUUGCUAGCGGCUCGAAAUGAGGAGUGGACUAGCGAAGAUGCAAAGCUCCUGAACCAGACGGCGAGCAUCAUGGAGCAGAUUGCCUCGCAAAUGCCCUCAGAGAACGAUCUCGUCCUGAAUUUGGGCAUUUUGCUGUCGGACUAUUACGAUGCCCGACUUCGUUACCACGUGGAAUCAUUCCUCGAGCUUCUUAUGAGGUACAAAGUCAACAUCAAUGAAAAAGUAGUCAAUAAUGUCGUCCACGAGUUUCGCCGCUUUCUAGCGGGCAAGAUUUGUGCAUCUGCAAUGGUUGAUGAUGUUGAAAGAACCAUAAAGGACUCGACAUUUCUGGAGAAGAUUUGCAGCCGCUGUAGCGAAAGUGCGUCCAAGAAAUUAAUGAACGAACUCCACUGCAUCAAUCGACCUCGGAGAGCAGCCAACGCAAUCUGCAGAGCAGCUCGUGAUAUCGACGCAUUCCAAACCGUCCAGAUCUUUCUCCUACCAGGCUACCCCCCUAAAAAGCUGGGCCGUAAUGAAUUAUCUCCCUACCAGCCACUUAGCUCUACGGCAAUGAGGUAUCUGAGCAAGUGCAAAUGGGUACAUGCAGAGAUUCGGAUGGUCACCUACCUCCUCAGCCACGAUGAGUUUCGACAUGCGUUUGCUUACCUGGGCAUCAGCAAGAAGUCGUGUUUGCUAUGUGGGCAUAUCAUACAAUCCCUGGGCCGGUUCAACACCCGUUCCAACCACGGCAAAAUCUAUUCACAGUGGACUGUGCCUUCGAAGAUGUCUCUCCCGAACAUUGACGUUGCAUCUUGGGAGCGCGCGGUUGAAGGUGUCAGAGAUGUCCUGCGACUCGAAGCCGAACGUGACGAACUGCAUUAUAUCCAAGCGGUUAAGGAAUCUACUAUCACGACACCUGCAGCACCGCGAUUGCACGGGGGAGAUAUAUUCACAAGUCACGUCGAUGAUCCCCGGCUGAGGGAGCGUGAGAUGACUUGGCUCAGUUCUGCUCAUUGGCCAGAAUCAGAUAAAUCAAAAGCACAGGACGAUUGCAACCCCCUUGUAGAUGAUCUCGAAGCUCUGCCCAAUGUCCAAGAACCAGAACCAGGAACGAAAGUGACCAGUCCAAUCGCCAUCGGCCAGGAGCUCAGGGGUAAUACACCGUGCUCAUCUUGCCAGAAUGUACGGAACAGUAUGAUCAAAUGCUCUCGAUGCAGCUCUGCCCCGUACUGCAACACUAGCUGUCGCCAGAAACACUGGAUGGAACACAAGUUCCACUGCCAUCUCGGACGACCAAUUGACGAAGCGGACCAUCUAGUGCGAGCUUGCCAUCGGGGUCAGUAUCCUACAGAUGACGAGGACGUGGCCACUGCAUUUGGAUUUCGACAUUUCAUUCAAGUCCCGGAGCGCCUCAGGCUGUUCGACAUAUACUGGAAAUUAGUCAACUACAGCGGCUUGGGCGACGAGGAGUUGAGAGAAGCACGGGAAACCGAUCAAUUGAAGCAGUUCAUACUCUUUCGUGGCUCUCAACUUUCCCCUGGACUGAUCGGGGACGACUUGGAGUGGCUUCGCUCCAAGACUGGCUUUGCCGCCAACUCGGUGUGCAACUUUGGCAACAUCUUGGACUGCGCAAGAGAUGUCCUCGGCUCACGCCAAUUGCAGGAACUGGACUCUCAACUUCAAAAGCAGGCAUACCUCUUCUAUUGCCAAAUAAGGGCUGGUUACAGACCGGAUGCCGACGAAGACAAUUGGCUCAGGCUAGGCUUCUGCACCGCACGAACAUCCAAACAAAUGGAUCGCAUUUGCAGGUGCUAUGCAAGAUUGAUCGAGUCGUGCACCUUUGAGGAGUUCUGCCUAGCCGUGGAGAAGUCAACCAUGGUCGAGCUAUUUGGCAAAUAUGGACAUUCUUUAGAGAAUGACGACUUUCGAAAUUUCAACACCCUGAUGCGGACGGUGGGAAGAUGGCAUCAGAGUGUCUGGGAGCUCAAGCGUUUCACUUUGCUGACCGAACGUGAGCCGAUGCGGUCCGUUUUCGUGGACUACGGAUUCAGGAACUGUCACAAUCCUCGCGAUCGAUUGAAGCUACGCGAGAUGUACUCACGAUACUUUGCGCGAGGCCUGGAUGAGAUGGAACUGCACCAGGCGUGCAUCGAGGGGAACUUAUUCCCCUUUCUGACGUCCAGACUCGGCGACCUGUCCCUAAGGAGCGAACUUCUGUCGAAUCCAUACCCCCUGGACCAAUGCAACCACAUGGGCCUCGUGGCGCGCAAGGUCGCAAUAUGCACAGAGGCCGACUAUGAUGUGGUAUGCGAGAAAUUUAAAGCUGACGGAGACGACUCGGUGGUUUGGACAAUUCCAGAUUCUUGUGGCGAUGAUAUGGCGAAGACUGUCCGAGAUCGUGCGGCAAACGUGACGGGACAGAUGAGAAUCGGGCAGAGCAGGGUGAAGGACUAUACUUUCCGGUCGAUGUCUAGUGAUUGA